AAAAGAGUGACAAUUACGAAGAUUUCAUGAAUCAAAAUGAUAAAUGGUGGGAUAAUGAUGAAAACGAUACAAUAAUGACCAUGACCUACCUCACUGUGAGAUCGAAAGACGAGCUUAAUAAAAAGAUGAAUAAAUUGCAACCAUUGAAAACAUCUAAGUUUCGACUGUCGAAACCGGAUUAUUUUAUGUAUCUUGCGGAAUUGAUAGCAUCAAGAACAAACUGUAUGAGCCGUAAGGUUGGAUGUGUAUUAGUUAAAGACGAUUAUAGAGUAAUUGCAACUGGAUAUAAUGGAACACCAAAAGAUCCUCCUUCAGAUCCUUCUUUACAUGAGAAUAGUGAAUUUCUUUUAAUAGUUAAAACGAAGUCACGUAUUAUACCAUGUCCGAUUCAUUCCAAAGUGAGGAAUAACUUUCCGAAUAUGAUAGAAAAACUAACUCAAAUUGUAGAUCCAAUCCUAAAGAAAGAAGAAUACUUCGAUCGGUCUAAUUAUUGUUUCUUCUUCCAGCCAUUCGAUAGAUGGUGCCACGCAAAUCCAUACUUAUAUGUGUUAUUUGGACUUUUACAAUAUAAUCAAUGA